GGGUCCGAUAUUGCAAUAUCAUUACUUAAAAUUUUAAGUAAAUUGAUAGCAUGUUCUUAUUUUAUACGUACUGACUCGUAUCAAAUGAUUAUAUAUUAGGGACCACAAAGAUCAAUCUCAUUGAAGUACACGGUAUCACUAAAUUGGAUGCAUUACUGACUGAUAACGUAAUUUAAGGUAGGCUAUGGUAUCUGUUAUCUUAGGCGACCGUGACUGUUUUCCUUUAAAAGAUGAUAAUAUAUCUUCAGUUACGUACGGACAAGCCGGAGAAAAAUAUUACGAGAUGCGCGUGAUUGUCGCGGCAAUAGAUUUUGGAACAACAUAUUCAGGCUGGGCAUUUUCAUUUCGAGCUGAUUAUGAAAAGAAUCCAACAAACGCCGAAGUUAAACACUGGCAUUCCGGUCCAGGAACAUUAGUAACAGAGAAGACACCUACAUGUUUGCUGGUAAAACCAGAUGGGGUGACUUUUCAAGCGUUUGGUUAUGAUGCAGAAAAUCAAUACUUGGAAUUAGCAGAUAAAGAUGAGCACAGGGAUUACUACUAUUUUAGAAGGUUCAAAAUGCUACUUUUCAAAGCAUUUGGGAAGCACCUUACAAAAGAAACAACAAUCGCAGAUGAAAUGGGAAAGGAACUUCCGGCUAUAGAUGUAUUUGCAAUGUCUAUCAAGUUUAUUGUCGACGAUAUGAUGGUUGUUGUCAAUCAGCGCCUGACUGGGAUAAUAAUGGAGACCGACAUCCACUGGGUGCUCACAGUGCCAACGAUAUGGUCCGAUUUUGCAAAACAGUUUAUGAGGCAUGCUGCAAUAAAGGCUGGUAUAGUUACAGAAAGACUAACAAUAGUCCUUGAACCGGAAGCUGCCUCAUUAUACUGUCGUCAUCUACCUAUAGAGGCAAUGCUUAGUGGCGAUAAUUUGUUGAUUUCCGAACUUCCGACCGGAUCAAAAUACAUGGUUCUCGAUGCUGGAGGGGGAACGAUUGAUAUCACGGUCCAUGAAGUUCAAAGUCAGUAUACCUUACGAGAAGUCAGAGCUGCAAAUGGAGGUGACUGGGGAGGAACCAUGGUUGAUAAGGCAUUUGAAAAAUUUAUCUGUGAUCUAGUUGGUGAAACUGUAUUCAGAACUUUCAAACAAUCGGAAACAGAAGACUGGCUUUAUAUGAUCCGUGAGUUUGAAUACAAAAAACGAGAAGCAGGAAGUCGUUCAGGGACGCAAGUAGUUAUGAAUUUUCCUGCGUCACUCACUGAAAUCUUUUUAAACGAGACACACAUGACAAUCAAGGAUGCAAUAGCAGCAUCCACAUACGCAGAGGCAGUAGAAAUAAAGAGAGACAAGUUGAAAAUAUCACAUUCUGUUUUCAAAACAUUAUUUCAGGAGUCAUUACAUAACACUGUUGAUCAUGUUAAAAGGCUGCUAAAGGAUGAAAGAAUGGUUGAUGUUAGAACCAUUCUUAUGGCUGGAGGGUAUUCGGAGUCCCCGUUGUUGCAACGUGCAAUCAAAUUAGCCUUCCCUGAAAUGCAGGUAGUUAUUCCACAUGCAGCAUCAUCCGCAGUGCUGAGAGGUGCACUGAUCUUCGGUUACAACCCGGCAUCAAUUACCGAAAGGUUACUUCGGUAUACAUAUGGUACAGAUAUAUGUGUGUCAUUUCUUGAGGGGAAGCAUCCAGAAAAUAGACGCAAGAAGAAUAAUGUUGGUGACACAUGUAGUGAUGUCUUUGAUAUACUUAUUGAAAAGGAUACGAAAGUGAAAACAGGUGAAACGCAAAUAACAGGGACUUAUUACAACAAUCACAGCAAUCAAAGAUCAAUGUUAUUCAGAAUAUACGCAUCCAAUGAGAAAAAUCCAUUAUAUGUAGAUGAUGAAAGAUGUUCAAAACUUGAAACUUGGGGAAAUGAAAAUAAAGUUUGAGCAACUAGUUGAAAAUCCUGGACGUGUCAAUGUUACUUGGUGGCACAGAAGUCAUUAUGGAACUGGAAGAUGAAAAGACUGGGAAUAAAGUUGUAAGUACAACAGUAUUUCGAAUGGAAUGACAACAUCUGGCAAUUUGACAGUUAUAACAAAAACAGAGUAUGGUACAUAUUAAUAAAUACAUUUUAUGUAGAUCUGUUAAAGACAAAGAACGAAUAGUUAUGACAGUGAAAAACAGACAAACCAUUCACCAUUUUAGAGUUAUCCUCUGCAUAGUUG